GCAGACGAGCAAAGACGAAUGACAAUGCGUCACAGAGAGAAGAUAUAGCUUUCAUACAAUAUUUAGACAUUCCUCUUCUUUUCCCUUACCAGCCCUCCUCUCAACAUGUUCAGUCUCCAGCCGGGAAUGGCCACCGGACAUCAUUCUGAUCGUAUCGUUACAACAAACGGCCACUUGGGUCGAUCAAACGGUGUGGAAUCUGGCACACAAAGUCCAAGAAUUGCCAGAAACUAUGACAGUUAUAGUAAUUCAAGCGAUAAAGGUCACUUGGAUCGAUCAAACGGUGUGGAAUUCAGCACUCCGAGCCCAAGAACUGCCAGAAACUAUGACAGUUUUGGUUUUGGCAAUUUGAGCGGCAACGGCUAUUCGGGUCAAUCAAAGUUUUUCGAAUUCGGCUCUCCGAAUCCAAAAUUUUCCAGAAAUUAUGACAGUUUUGGCAAUUCCAGUGAGAUUCAACAUAGCACUCUGUCAUGGAAAAUGGGCAGAUGCUAUGACAACUCUGGCUAUUCAAGUGGGAUGGAAGCUGACGCUCUGACUCAAGGAGUCGCCAGACAACCGGGCAAGUUUGGCAAUUCAAGCAGGAUUGGAUUUGGCACUGUGACUGAAAGAAUUGCCAGACGCUAUGACGGUUCUGUCAAUUCAGGUGGAAUCGAAUUCCAUGCACGAAAACAAACAGAAGAGGAUUCCGAUGGAUCAUCCCCACCCUUGUGGAAGACUAGCCCACCUGUAACUCCAACAACCGAAGCUUCCUCUCCCUCCCAUCGUGCUCAUCUUUCCCCCAACUCGCGAUUGCAGGCGAUUGCCAGAGGCCGGCGGGAGCUGAUGGAGAUGAUUCAAGAUAUGCCCGAGUCAAAUUACGAGCUCUCUCUAAAAGAUAUUGUGGAGCCGCCUGCUACUGGAGGAUUUGAGGAGACAGUAAACGAGGAUGAGAGAGCAUUGGUGCAUGAGACGAUCCAAGAGGAGAAGACAACAAACAGGAAGAAAAGGCAUGGAAGAGGACGCGAUUUGAGAGGCACAAACACGGAAAAUGGAGCUAUUCUUCUCAAGAUGUUCUUCCCGGCUUCUUUGGGUUCAAAGAAGAGGAGCUCAAGCACCAGUACAUGCUCAAAAGUUUCGCCAAAACCCAUGCCGGUGGAGGAGAAGAGUGUUGAUGGCGAAUGGUGGAAGAAAAAGUUCUCUGUUGUAGGAGAGAACGACCGCAGCAGAACAAACAAAAGCAGCAGAAGCAGCAGCAGCAGCAGCAACAGUAGCAGUAACAGCAGCAGGCGUAUGGGUGGUUUCUUACCAAGUUGCUGGUCCUUCUUCAACACCAGUAAAAGCAAAGGCAGGGGGCAUAAAGGAUGUCUCUUUUGAUGCAAAAACUAUAUAAAUUUUCUUGCAUCUAUCCCUGUAAUAGUACUUCAGCAUAGCAAAAAGUAUGAGAAAUUAUGAAACAAUCAAAUUGCAGCAUGGCUUGUGUAUGUAUGCAUAUUUUGGAAACAUUGGUGUUUUUCAUUACCACUAUAGAUGCUUCUGACUCGAUCA